UUGACGGCCAUUUUGAAGCGAAUCUGUUGUUUCCUUUUUCAGAGUAGCAUAGUAACGUUAUCUCCAUAACGGAACUAAGCGUGGAUUAUAAACAGAAAUCUUGUGUUUAUGUGGAAUUUGGAAAAGAAAUGCAUUCUCUGCGUGAAUUAAGAGAAACCUGUUUGUUUGUGGUGGCCUGAGAUACAGUAACAUCAUUCAACAUGGUUAAAGAACAGAAAUGCAUUCUUUGUGAAACUGUCUACAGCUCCAAACAGGAGAUGGAAGAGCACAUGAGAAGUAUGCUGCACCACCGGGAGCUGGAGAAUCUGAAAGGCCGGGACUGUGGACAUGAGUGCCGGGUCUGCGGUGUAACGGAAGUGAGCCUGACCGACUAUGCCAGUCACAUUUCCAGCCCUUUGCAUAAACAGCGCAUUGAGGAUCAGAAGAACUCGCCCACAAACAAAGACCAAGAUGAAGAGUACUUUGACAAGGACAUUGUGCAGCUUAUAGAGAAACGCAAAGAAAUGAUCAGGAAAGAAGAGGCUUCUGCAAAACAGGCUAAAGAAGAACAGGAAGAAUGCAGGAGGUGGCAGGAGUUUCAGACUCAGUGGCUUGGGCCAAGGCCUAUGAUGUACCAGCAGUGUGGCCCUUGGGACCGGCCCUAUCCUAACUUUCCUCAGAUACCCAAAAGGGGCAGAGGCUCCAAUUGGCGGAAUUUCAGAGUUUCAUCCCCUGAACGUGGCAAAAGGUUUCAUCCUAGCCGGGAUGUGAGGUGUGCCACAUGGCAUGCUCAAGGACCGCCUCACUUGCAGAAAUGGGAAUCUGUUGGUCAUCAUGGAGGGAGUUUGCACAACCAAGGAAACUUCUGGGGUGGUAGACCAGGUGGAUUCAAUAUCUGGCAUCCACAACUGAGAAAGCAAUUAUCCUGGAACAAAAGCCAAUUUAAUGUCCCUUGGAAUGGACAAUAUAUGCCACCACCUAGGCUCUUUAAAUCACCUGCAAAAGAGCCUCAGAAGACACCCAGCAGCUCUGAGAAUCAGACACAGGGUGAACAGAUUCUAGAAGAAUCUGGUGGAGAGCAUGAUCCCAGCAAAGGUAAGGGACAGAAGUCAGAGAAAGCUCACCGAUGGGCACCAUAUCCACAAACUCAACUUGGGGAUCCUUCCUCCCAGACUAACCCUCAGCCACCAUUAGAUAAGUCAGAUGUGGAGUCUCCUCAAACCUCUAAGGCAGAAAGUUUCAAUGUGGGCAGUCAGGACAUGGAGAGGAUAUCCAAGGCAGACCAAAAUAAUUGGCAGUAUAAACCCACAGAACCUGAAAAGAGUUGCUUCAAGAACAUUGGCAGUACUAGCAUGGAUAGUUUCUCCUAUCCCUCCACAUCAACUAUUUGGAAACCGGAGAAGCCUAGCAAGCUUGCUGAAGAUGGUUCAGAAAUGAAUCUCAAACAAACAGGAAGUCAAGACUUUGUCAGCUCUAAAGGUUUUAAGCAUUCCCAUUCAAGCUCUGAAUUCCCACAACAUGCCACUUCCAAUGCAGAGCAAGAUCUGCUGUCUGAGAUACUGCAAAAAUCUAAAGAGACAUUGCUUAAUAGAAAUAACUCUGACAUAUAUGGUACAGAGAGCUGCCUCAAAGGACCAAAGGCUGUGCCUCAGAUUAACGAGCAAGUAGAGAGUUCAGAACUAAACAAUAAUCAAAAAUUACAUGAGAGUAAGAAGAUACUUAACGAGAGCAAGUGUCAAGAAAGUUUGUUUUUUGUGAGCUGUUUUAGCAAUGAACUAGAGCAGUUAACCAGUACUGAGACCUCAGUACAGAUUGGCAAUGUGUGCAGUGAUACUAGGCCAUCUCUGCAAUCCUUACAAGUUAGUACCUCCACUAUGGACCACGAAGAUGAGGAGGAGUGUGGUGAAAUGGAAGAAAAUCAAGUCAUGGACACACUGGAUGGAGGUUUGUGUUCAGCUGGUGAGGGGUCCCACAGCAGCCCAUCCCAACAAACUGCUGGUGACUCUGUGCCCCCUUUAAGUAAGCUUGCCUUGCCUGCAUGUCUACAAAGGGAUCUGAACCGCCAUAUGGGCACCAAAGGCAAAGCUGCAUCCCAUGAACCCAACUUGAAUAUUGCCAGGCGCAUUAGAAAUGUGAGUGGCACACGAAAGAAUGAGACUGAGAAGGACUCAGGACUUAAACCCACUUUACGGCAGCUUAUUAGCUCCUCUGGCUCAAGGCGGAAUGUCAACUGGGACCAGGUCUACCAGGAAGUCAACCGGAAGAAGCAGGGCAAGGGCUUACCAAGAUUUGGUAUAGAAAUGGUGCCCUGUGAACCUGAGGGUCCGAACCAAAUGGAUGAAGGUGACGUACCUCUUUCUGAGGGCUUUCAUUGGGACUCCCUGGUUGAAUUUAGUCAAGUGCCUUCCCGUAAGCGUAGCUUGUCUGAAAGCAAUGUGGUCAAAGAUGGUUCUGCAGGUACCAGUUCCCUCCCCAAAGCUGUAGAACCAGUGAGAGACUCUCCUUCUCGUGGCCCCACACAGCCACCAAGGAGAGAGGAGCUGCAGUCCAAAGGCCAUCUGGAGAUUCUAGGUUCGAAAGGCCCUUCUAAGGGCCCAGAGGAAGUUGAAGAAGAUGGCGGUUGUUUAUCAGAGCCUGAACUGAUUGACACGCAAGGAGCUGGGAAGAAACGCAGAGCUACAGGGGAUGUAGUGUCUACAGAGAUUCCUAAUGAAGAUAGGAAAAACAAGAGGCAAAAAAUUAAGGCUAAGAAAGAGCGCUCGCAAGUGGAUCAGUUGUUGGCUGUAUCUCUACGUGAGGAGGAACUUAACAAAUCUCUUCAGGCUGUGGACGACAACCUUAUUCAGGCACGUGCUGCCCUGCAAGCUGCCUAUUUGGAAGUGCAGCGCUUGCUUGUGGUGAAACAACAGGUAACUAAUGAGAUGAACUCUUUGAGAACCAAGCGCAUUGAAAUUCUUCAAGGAAUGCAAGGUGAAUUUGAGUCAAAAGAAAGAGAGAGGAACAGUGAGGACAUCUUAACUUCUUCAUCAACCCAGGUUUCUCAGAUCACCGCCAACCCUGUUCACCCAACAACAGCUUCUCACUCAUCCUCUUUAGUCUCCUUACUGCCUGUUACCAUCAAACAGGAGCCCAUCUCUCAAUGUAUCCUCAUUCCUGAGCCUAACCUUGUCAAAAGCCCCCUCCUAGCACCUCAAAGUCCUGCACCUGUCCAAACUGUGUUUGCAACCUGUCAAACAGAUACUACCUUCAGCAGUAAGAUGGAGGCUUCACGAGACGCCACAAGCAUGGCUUUGACAGCAGCUUCCUCAGUUCACAGAUCAGAGCCGUCACCCGUCAAAGAAAUUCAACCAAAUUUGAGUUCUCAAGAGGGCCCAAACCCAUCUUCCUCACUAAUGUCUGCAACCAUCUCUCCUAAGCUACUGUCUCCCUCUAACCACCUAGAAAAUAAUCCAGUUAAACGUGUUCGAAAGCUAAAGAAGAGGAAGUGUCUUAAUAAAGCAAAGUUGAAUGAGCAGCCUGAAAUCAGUGAAUCUGAGCUUGAUGCAGUGCAGCCCACUACUCGACCUACCCGCAAGUGCCAACCUCAUCGGCGAUCCAGCAGCACGAAAGUCUCACCCCCCAGACCAGAUGAAAAUGAAGAGAUGGCGGUGACCAAAGUUUCAAAGACGAAAACACAGGGAGCCAAGCUAGCCACACCACCAGUGAAUGAAUGUCACUCUGAUUCAUCUGAACUGGAGAUGGUGGAGCUUCCUCCACCUGAUAUUGACAUUGUCAAUCUAGAUUCUUCAGACCCAGAAGAGAUGCCUGAAAAGAAGGCCAUGAAGCCAGCCACGGCGUACACAACAGGCCAUGUCGUCAAAGACCCUCAAAAUCUUGCCUGCAAUGAGGUCACCUCCACUAGUGAAAUUCAUACUAGCAGCACGGUCAAGGCUAGUGAAAGUGAAGUAAAAUCAGCCUCAGUGUUGGAGUCCAAGGUGCCUUCAGAUAUAUCAGAUCCAGGGGAGGAGGAGGUGCCAACAGAAGGGGAGUUUGAAGGCCAUCAAGAGGCUGUAAAUGCAAUGCAGAUCCAUAAUGGACUGCUGUACACUUGCUCAGGGGACCGCACUAUACGCGCUUUCAACCUGAUAAGCCGGAAGUGUGUGGCAGUGUUUGAAGGCCACAGCAGUAAAGUGAAUUGUCUGUUGGUGUCAUGUGGAGGAGGCCUGCAACAACGCCUGUACUCGGGAUCAAGUGACCAGACCAUCCGCUGUUACAGCCUCAAAACGACAGAGUGUGUGGAACAGCUGUCUCUUCCAGAUCGAGUGCUUUGUCUUUAUAAUCGUUGGAAAAUUCUCUAUGCUGGUCUGGCCAAUGGCUCUGUGGUCACCUUCAGUCUUAGGAACAAUAAGCAGCUGGAUGUGUUUGAGUGCCACGGCCCGAGGGCUGUCAGUUGUCUGGCGACGGCUCAGGAAGGGGCUCGCCGUAUCCUGCUGGUCGGCUCUUAUGACACCACCAUCAGUGUUAGAGAUGCUAAGAGUGGCCUGUUGCUGCGAACACUGGAGGGCCACAGCAAAACUGUGCUCUGCAUGAAGGUAGUGAAUGAUUUGGUGUUCAGUGGCUCGAGUGACCAGUCUGUACAUGCACAUAAUAUACAUACAGGAGAAUUGGUGAGGAUCUAUAAGGGUCAUAGUCAUGCCGUCACUGUGGUGGCCAUACUGGGAAAGGUGAUGGUCACUGCUUGCCUGGACAAACUUGUCCGUGUGUACGAGCUCCAGUCUCAUGACAGACUUCAAGUAUAUGGUGGACAUUCAGACAUGGUGAUGUGUAUGGUCAUCCACAAGAGCAUGAUCUACACAGGCUGCUAUGAUGGGAGCGUGAGAGCUGUCAGAUUGAACCUGAUUCAGAACUACCGCUGCUGGUGGUACGGUUGUACGCUAAUCUUUGGCGUGAUGGAGCACCUGCAGCAGCACCUGCUGAACGAUCACACCUCCCCAGCACAGCAGACAUUCAAAUGCCGCUGGAGGAACUGCGACACCUUCUUCACAACCCGCAAUGGCUCUAAACAGGCAGUACACUGUCACAUGCAGAAACAUGCUGAGGACGACAGUAAAAUGGAGCCAUGAGGGGCCAAGGCAGUUUCACAGACACAGUCUCCUCUUUUCCCAUAUUGGGAAUGUCUCGUUCAGCCCUCAGAGGAGCCCUGUUAUUUUUAUAUCAACCAUCAGAUACCAACGACUGCCACUUAGAUGAUUCUGAUACCACAAUUUAAUCAGUGAUGGAUGAUUUUAAUCUCUGAAAAAUCAGUUUGUGAAAAAAAAAAAAAGUGUUACUGUUAUUUCAAACGAAAAUAAGAACAUUUGUCUGUAAGUGCAAUUGAUAUGUUGGUAUUUUGAUGAGAGGAAAUCUUUUACAAGAUACUCGUCUCUGAAGUGUGAAAUAUGCGCAGUUCUUUUAUACUGGUGUGGCAUUGCUCUGAUACUCUCCCGGAAGGGAUUGAUUUCUGUAUCAGACUCUUCUCUAAGUCUCUGAUCUGAUCAUACAAUGUAUCGUAUCAUCAGCUCUGAGAUUUACUGACCAAAUAAAGACAGAAACUGUGGGAAACAUUUGGGGAUCAUGGCUGCAGCUCCCUCAGCAAACCGUGUAGCUCACUAUGAGUUUAGAGAUCUUAGGAUGUGGAGUGAUUUCAGAAAGCAUGAGACUUGUCGUGUCGAGCAGCCAGAUUUUAGUGUUGUAAUGUUGCAGGCUUUUAUGAAGGGCAAGGUCAAUGAAUUUUCUGGUUUCAUAGUAUUACAUACCUGUCAAAGCAAACUGUUAUUCUGGGACAUUGGUUUACAAAUACAAAAAUCUAAUUAGUCAAGUUGUGUCUGGUGAUUUAUUUGGUUUUCUUUUUUUAUUCUUCAUUCAAAUGUAGUCGUUUGAGUGGUUGAAUCUAUUUCCAGUAUUUUAUUUUAUUAUUUCUAAUAAUAACAGGAUUCAGGUUUGCUGUGACAAGUCUGCAGUUGAAAUGUUUGCUGUGCUGUUGACUGAAAUGUGCCGGUUGGUGUGCGUGAGCCAUUGAGAACAAACGUGUAUGUGUUGUAUGGGACAGUGUGAACAAGACAAGGUCCUUUUAUUUUUUAUUUUUUUUCUAUAGUCAAGAGGUUUGAGGUUUUUCUUUUUCUUCACAGUAUUUUGUGGCACUCGUGCCAAUAAGAUUUGUAGCUUUAUGCAAGUCCAGGAGGGUCCUCCUCACACAGGAAAGUACCUAUAUUUUGCAGAGUGAAAGUGAAAGUUUAGGGGUGAUAAGCAGGGGAGGUGUGUUUGUGCAGCUGGAAGUGUAUUACUCAAAGUAACAGCACUAUCCCAGUCAGUCGAAAUAGAACAUUUUACUACCCCUGAAGUAUUUUUUACUAUAUAUGAUCACUCAAGGUGGUUUUUUUUUCAUUAUAUCAUAUAUAAAGAUACAGCUUGUUUUUCCACGCAGUCACAACCUUUGAGUGUCUCAGCUCUUUUGCUAUAGUUGUGUGUUGCUGAGGAGAGAUUUGCAGCCAACCUCUAAACUGGUAUUCCCAAGUUUCUCACACUUGUUCAUUUCAAAUACUGUUAAAAUCUUUAUAGACAUUUUGUACACAGAUGCUAUUGAAACAAACAAAAUAAAAGUUACACUGUG